GCGGGAAAACUUGCCAAAUCUUGCCAUUUCUCGCAAGUUUCUGCAAGGCGACAGACCUUUUGUUUCCGAAUUCAUCACAGAGUGUGCAAUUUUUCUUAAAAAAUAAACUAUAUAGUAGAGAAGCUUGUCGAAACUUUGAGACUGUGUUUAUAGAUAGGGUUUACCGUUUGUGUGCUUUAAAUUUUGUAGGACAAAAAUGGUCCACAAAUCGAACAAGAUGUAUGUCUACAAGCGAGACGGUCGCAAGGAAGAGGUCCACCUGGAUAAAAUCACUUCACGAAUUCAAAAGCUUUGCUAUGGACUGAACAUGGACUUCGUCGAUCCGGUGGCCAUCACACUGAAAGUUAUCAACGGAUUGUACUCCGGAGUGACCACCCAGGAGCUGGACAAUUUGGCUGCGGAAACAGCCGCGACUUUAACAACGGAACACGCGGACUAUGCCAUCCUGGCCGCCCGUCUGGCAGUGUCCAAUUUGCACAAGGAAACGAAGAAGCAUUUCUCCGAUGUAAUGCACGAUUUGUACACCAUGGAAAACGAAUAUCUGAAGGAGAAAACUCCUAUGAUCUCGGACUUCCACUACAAGGUUAUAACGGACAACGCCGAUCGGUUGAAUUCGGCAAUAAUCUACGAUCGGGACUUUGGCUACAACUAUUUCGGUUUCAAAACGCUGGAGCGGUCCUAUCUGCUCAAGAUUAAGGGUAAAAUUGUUGAAAGACCACAGCACAUGCUGAUGAGGGUUGCUAUUGGAAUCCACGGCGAAGACAUCGACGCUGCUAUCGAGACGUACAACCUGCUGUCGGAACGCUACUUUACACACGCUUCACCGACUAUGUUCGCAGCGGCUACGCGCCGUCCACAGUUGUCAUCCUGUUUUCUGCUGACGAUGAGCGACGACAGCAUCGAAGGAAUUUACGACACGUUGAAGCAAUGUGCACUGAUCUCUAAGUCGGCUGGUGGAAUUGGGCUAAACGUGCACUGCAUUAGAGCGAAGGGUACUUACAUCGCAGGAACCAACGGAAUUUCCAACGGACUGAUUCCGAUGCUCAGAGUCUAUAAUAAUACGGCAAAAUAUGUCGAUCAGGGUGGCAACAAGCGACCGGGUGCGUUUGCCAUCUAUUUGGAACCAUGGCACGGGGAUGUGUUCGAGUUUCUUGAUCUGAAAAAGAAUACUGGCGCAGAAGAUGUGCGAGCGAGAGACAUGUUCUACGCGUUGUGGAUUCCGGAUUUGUUCAUGAAGCGGGUGGAAGCGAAUGAGGAAUGGAGUCUUAUGUGUCCCCAUGAAUGUCCUGGACUAGCGGAAACCUGGGGAGAAGAGUUCGAGAAAUUGUACACGAAAUACGAACAGGAAGGUCGUUUCAUUCGUAAAGUAAAGGCACAAGAUUUGUGGUUUGCCAUCAUCGAGUCGCAGGUUGAAACGGGUGUGCCUUACAUGCUCUACAAGGAUUCUUGCAACCGCAAAAGUAACCAGCAAAAUAUUGGUACUAUCAAAUGCUCCAAUCUAUGCACGGAAAUUGUGGAAUUCUCCUCCAAAGAUGAGAUUGCGGUGUGCAACCUUGCCUCGAUUGCGUUGAACAUGUUUGUCAAACCGGACAAGUCCUACGACUUCCAGAAACUGAAAGAAGUGUCCAAAACUGUUACCAAAAAUCUAAACAAAAUUAUCGACAUCAACUAUUAUCCGGUCCCGGAGGCCCAACGAUCCAACAUGCGCCAUCGACCAAUCGGAAUCGGUGUGCAAGGAUUGGCCGAUGCGUGCAUUUUAAUGCGUUAUCCCUAUGACAGCGAGGAGGCACAGUUACUGAACCAGCAAAUAUUCGAGACCAUCUAUUACGGCGCUUUAGAGGCUAGCUGCGAAUUGGCCGAAAAGAAAGGCACAUACGAAACGUACGCCGGAUGUCCAGUCAGCAAAGGAAUUUUACAGUACGACAUGUGGAACAAAGAGCCCACAAGUCUGUGGGAUUGGGCUGCCUUGAAGGAGAAAAUCGCUCAACAUGGUGUGCGAAAUUCACUGCUUCUAGCUCCUAUGCCCACGGCUUCGACGGCACAAAUUCUCGGUAAUAAUGAGUCGUUUGAACCGUACACUUCAAACAUCUACAACCGGAGAGUGCUGUCUGGAGAGUUCCAGAUCGUCAACCACCAUCUUCUGAAGGACCUUACCGAGCUGGACUUGUGGGACGAAGACAUGAAGAACAAAAUAAUCGCUAGCAACGGUUCAAUUCAAAACAUCGAAGAAAUUCCAAAGCACAUUCGUGAGCUCUACAAGACCGUGUGGGAAAUUUCGGUAAAAACCAGCAUCAAAAUGGCUGCCGACCGCGGUGCCUUCAUUGAUCAGUCACAAUCGUUCAACAUUCACGUGGCUGAACCAAACUACGGAAAGCUAACUUCGAUCCACUUUUACGGAUGGAAAAUGGGACUGAAAACAGGAAUGUACUAUUUGCGCACCAAGCCAGCGGCUAGUGCCAUUCAGUUUACCGUAGAUAAAACCAAACUCGCGGAUUCGGUACGCAUCAAUAGUAGUGUUGCGGGAGCUGCCAACACUUCUUUCACAGCGAAAAUGAACGGAACUAGUAGCACUCCUAGGAAAACGAAUGGCGAGGCUGCAACCUCCUCGGCCAACAAUUCUCCACAGAUGAACAGUUCGUUAGCCGACCGUAGCCGUCGGAUGGCUGAGAUGGUAUGUUCGCUGGAGAACAAGGAUGACUGUAUGAUGUGUGGAUCAUAGAUCUCGCUAGUGGUAAAAGGCGUUGACGCCCUCCUCCCUUUAUAGAAGCUUCUGGAUUAUAGUUUUAAGGCUCUUUCAAUUGUAAUAUUUCAGCCUUCAUAUACACACAUGGAUGACACUAAAUAUAUUUUAGGUACUUAACUGGUUAUGUUAGCCUAAUUUUUUUGUCACUGCACUUUGUUCGGAAAAUAAAAACGCGUGUUUUACAGUCGA